GGCCCGCCAUGGCGCUGCGCUUCUCGGCCAACGUGUCCUGGCUGUUCCCGGAGCGCGCGACGCUGCCGGCGCGGCUGGAGGCGGCGGCGCGCGCCGGGUUCCGCGCGGCGGAGGCGGCCUGGCCCGCGGGCUGCGAGGCGGCGGCGCUGCGCGCGGCGGCGGCGCGCGCGGGGCUGCGGCUCGUGCUCCUCAACACGCCGCCCGGGGACCCUGACAAGGGCGAGAAGGGGCUGGGGGCUGUGCCUGGACGGCAGUCUGCCUUCCGCGAGGGCCUGGCCAGGGCCGUGCAGUACGCCAAGGCUGUGGACUGCCCCAGGAUCCAUCUCAUGGCUGGGCGGGUUCCUGUGGGUGCAGACCGAGCAGCAGUGGCAGGCGAGAUGGAAACCACAUUUAUUGAGAAUCUUCGAUAUGCUGCUGACAUCCUGGCCCAGGAAGACAUGAUUGGACUGAUAGAGCCUAUUAACAGUCGCAUCACUGACCCCCGCUACUUUCUGAACACCCCACACCAAGCUGCUGCCAUCUUGGAGAAGGUGGGGCGACCCAACCUGAAACUGCAGCUGGACAUCUUUCACUGCCAGAUCAUGGAUGGGAAUUUGUCACGCAACCUGGAGACAUACUUCCCGCUCAUAGGUCAUAUCCAGAUUGCGCAGGUGCCAGGGCGGCAUGAGCCCGACAGCCCUGGGGAGGUGAAUUUCCCCUACCUCUUCCAGCUCCUGGAGUCCCUCGGCUACACUGGCUACGUGGGGUGCGAGUACGCUCCAAAAGGAGAUACAGUGGAAGGUCUGGGCUGGCUGCGCUCGUACUGGGAGAGCCGAGGCCUGCGGCAUGGAGAGACCGGAAAGGCAACAGAGUAAAACAGAAUGAAAUCACUGGAAUAAAAGUCAAAUCAAUGGCCCAAACAGAAAA